CCGACGGGCUGCGCCGUCGUUGCCCGGAGGGAAGCGACCGGCGCGGAAUCCGCCCGCUCCGCUUGUCAUCGCCCUCCCUCCUUCCCUCCUUCUUCCCUCCUUCCUCCCUCCUUCCCUCCCUCGGCCGGCCCCGCUCCCCGGGGCUGCAGGAUGAAGGGGCAGAGCCGGGGCGGCCGGAGCUGGGGCCACCGGUCGGAGGCUGAGGCGCCAUGACCGGGGAGAAGAAGAAGAAGAAGCGGCUCAACCGCAGCGUCCUGCUGGCCAAGAAGAUCAUCACCAAGGAUGGAGGCGCCCGCCAAGGCAUCGGAGAGCCCAGCGUGUACCAUGCCGUGGUUGUGAUCUUUCUGGAAUUCUUUGCCUGGGGCUUGCUCACGACGCCUAUGCUGACGGUGUUACACCAGACGUUCCCACAACACACAUUCCUGAUGAAUGGCCUGAUCCAUGGAGUCAAGGGUCUGCUGUCUUUUCUAAGCGCCCCUCUGAUUGGUGCUCUCUCUGACGUCUGGGGCAGGAAGUCCUUCCUCCUCCUCACUGUGUUCUUCACCUGCGCGCCAAUCCCACUCAUGAAGAUAAGCCCAUGGUGGUACUUCGCCGUCAUCUCCAUGUCCGGUGUGUUUGCCGUCACCUUCUCCGUGAUCUUUGCUUAUGUAGCAGAUAUCACCCAGGAGCACGAGCGCAGCACAGCCUAUGGCCUGGUUUCUGCCACCUUUGCCGCCAGCCUCGUGACCAGCCCGGCCAUUGGGGCCUAUCUCUCGCGUGCUUACGGCGACACGUUGGUGGUGGUGCUGGCCUCGGGGGUGGCCCUGCUGGACAUCGGCUUCAUCCUGUUCGCCGUGCCCGAGUCACUGCCUGAGGAGAUGCGGCCAGUGUCCUGGGGAGCCCCCAUUUCCUGGGAACAGGCCGAUCCUUUUGCCUCUCUCCGCAAAGUGGGCCAGGACUCCACAGUGCUUCUCAUCUGCAUCACUGUUUUUCUUUCCUACCUCCCUGAAGCCGGCCAGUACUCCAGCUUCUUCCUCUACCUACGCCAGGUGAUUGGCUUUUCGUCGGAGACAGUGGCGGCCUUCAUCGGUGUGGUGGGGAUCCUUUCCAUCUUGGCUCAAACAGUGGUGCUGGGGAUCCUCAUGCGCUCCAUAGGAAACAAGAACACUAUCCUCCUGGGCCUGGGCUUCCAGAUCCUGCAGCUCGCCUGGUACGGCUUCGGCUCGCAGCCUUGGAUGAUGUGGGCUGCUGGAGCGGUGGCGGCCAUGUCCAGCAUCACCUUCCCCGCCAUCAGUGCCAUGGUGUCCCGGAACGCAGACCCUGACCAGCAAGGUGUGGUUCAGGGGAUGAUCACAGGUAUCCGGGGUCUGUGCAACGGGCUGGGGCCGGCCCUCUACGGCUUCGUCUUCUACCUGUUCCAUGUGGAGCUGAACGAGUUGGUGGAGGUGGAAACCUUGGACAAGGCCACCAAGCCCAACAUGGCCAACCCUUCAGAUGAGCGGAGCAUCAUCCCCGGCCCCCCCUUCCUCUUUGGAGCAUGCUCGGUCCUGCUGUCCCUCCUAGUGGCCUUGUUCAUCCCAGAGCACAACAACCUCAUGUUACGACCGGGCAGCCACAAGAAACACAGCAAUGGCGCCCAGAGUCAUACGCAUAGCCCCCAGGCAGGUGGCUUGGAAGUGAAGGAGCCCCUCCUGGAGGAUAGCAGUGUAUGACGGGGAAGGGGUGGGGGAAACGAUCCAUCCCCACCCCACCACCCCACGGAGCUCCUUGAUGCACACACAAGGGAAGGACUGUCCCGGUGGGGGUAGGAUGGGCGGGAAGGGCGUCCGUGGACCAUUCCGUUAAUAGCAUAUGGGGGAGUGGGGGUGGUGGUGAAGACUCUCCCUCAGGGAGCCAAAAAGGACCACAAACUCCAGUCCUACUGGGACAAAAUGGGGAUUAUUACUAUGUGGUGCUGAAGAAGGAGGGAAAAGUUGGACUACACCAUGGGAAGAAGAGUUAGUUUUCAAUGCAAAACACACUCUGUGUAGACUGGACUUCGGGGUGCGUCCAGCCAGAUAUUCACCUUGCCAAGGAGCAAACACUGACUCUCUUCCUUUCUCUCUCCCCUACUCAGCUCUUAAAAAAAAGAAAAAGAAAAACCUCAGCGAUGACUUGCUGCCCAUUAGGACAUCUGUCCCUACCCUCCUGGCCCACCUUAGCUUUUUGGGCUGAAUCGUUUGAAGCCCAGGAGAUGGGGAAGAUGGAAUGUGCCAUGAAGGUGCUGGGACAUACCACUAACCCCAGGGAGGAAGGUGGGGUGGCCGAGCCCCCUCCCCCACCCCCAACCCGAAGCUCAACCCGUGAAAGAGGGCAAUACGCUACAUUUCAGCAGCCUCGUGCCGGAUGAAAUUUUCAUCCCUGUUGGGUUGGGGUGUGCCCCAGUAUCCUUGAGUUUUCUUUCACCACCACCCCAACCCCUAGCUAUUCUGGCGACUAGAGGGGGAAAAACCUCCACGUGACAUCGUCUGUUGGGCUGACACGGCCCCAAGGGCAUUGAUACCAUGGUUUGGUCAGGGUGCUGUCUGCCAGCGGGUAGGAAGGGGAGUUUGUAAGAAGGGGCAGCUAGAAGAGUUGGAAGGUUAAUGCUGAUGCCGUUGGUGAGGGGAGAGCGGGUGUUGAUUCACCAGUGGGUCUUAUGAGCCAGAACCCGUCCGCCACUUUCCUGACGGUGCUCCUCUCCCAGCUUCCCGAUCCCUGUUUUUCAAGGAGCCAGCGCCGUUGGGUUUGUCUGAGCAUCCGAAGCCUCAGACAGGCCCCCUGCACCCUCCACGCUUGGGAGUCUGCAGCCAGGGCUGAAGGUAUCCUUGCUCUCAAGCAGGAGCACUGGGGAAAGGUGAUGAAACUGAGGCCAGUCCUGGUGGAUCAUCUGGGAAAGAGAUUCCAGAUAGACACCGCAGGGGCAGAUUAGUUAAGGGGUCAAAAAGCCCCUUUAGACCAACCUGAUGAGGGUGGUGAAGGAGGCCUUGAGGGAACCCAGGACAGGCAUGAUAAGCGGCGUGAUACCCACACAACUGGUGCUGUGUCCAAUGGGGCUUUGGGCCGGGCACAGAAGUGUUCGUGAAUCUUGGUCCUGCUCCUGCCAAGCUCCUGACUUUCCGUAUCAUGGAUCUACUUCUGAGUAGAUGGUGGGGUUGCGGGGAGCUGUUGCUUUCCCACAGCUUCUGGGGUCUGGCUCAAGGUGCUCCUGGAUUCUCUGCCCACUCUUGGCUGGGUUGUCUGGAUGCCUCUCUGACUGCAUCUCAACAUCCGCCUUUCCACCAGCUUCCUGGACCCCUUACACCAGGCUGCCUGACCAUAAGGGCUCUCUCCAGAGACUGCCAGCUCAGCUCAGCUCCCCUGUCCAGCGAGGCCCUAGUAGGAGGAUCAUCAGCCCAGACUUGAGAUUUGAAAAGCUCUAGAUUCCAUGCUCAGCUUCUCCAGCUUCCCAAAGUGCCCACCUUACCACUGGCGCUUGACUUGACCCGAGAACAAGUCCCCAUGCCCUUUUCCCAGAGACACUUGGUUCUGGGUAACUUUCCACCCCCAAACAGUUUUCUUCAAGUUGGCAACUCUGGUCAGGGGGGGAAGGGAAAAGAGGAGCAACUUCCCGCCCUCCAGCACCUGGAGAGAUUCAGUUUCCAUUUGGAAAAAACAGCCAAGCUGCUCCUUCCUCCUUCCCCAAAUUCAAACAGUGCUGCCCCGGCUUGCUAGCUCGUCUUGGGUUGCUGGGCCAGGAACAUGGUCACCUUUAAGCGCCGUCUUGACCCCAUGGGCAUCGUGACUUUUUGCACUUUACAUGGCUGGACAGGAAGCUACCCUCCCUCCCCC